CUCAAACGCCACACAACUAGGUAUUCGCUAGAAGCCAAUCCUCACCUUGUAAAUUGAACUUAUACGAAGAAACAUUGAAGCUUCGAAAUGACGGCCAUGUUUCCCGACUUGUUAACGUACUAUGAGUAGGGACAGCAGGAAAAUGGCCGGUAGCGUGUAUUCAUUUAUGUGUCGAAUACAGUAUAGGUUUCGAUAAAUACCCCCCUCGUUCAACAUAGGCCGACGUAUGGCUAAAAAGGAAUAUCUUAUUACGACAAAGUGAAUUUCAAGAGGAGGUGAUUUUGUACGUGUAAAAAUACAAGCAUAACAAGAUGGCUAGUCCGUCACCACAAUCGUCUCCUAUGCCACCACCGCAAGCCCCAAGUCCUAUGGGGCCUCCUCAGCAGGCACCAUCGCCAUCUAAUCCACAAGGUAGCCCAAUGGGCCCUCCACAACAUCAUCCACAUAGUCCAACACAAGCAUAUCAAACGGGACCUCCAAUACCACCUGGUGGUCCACAAAUGUCGCAACAAACUCAACAACCAUCGUCACAGCAACAAAACUACCAAUCACAUCAACAGCAAAUGCAAUCGAAUAUGGGUCCACAGAAUCAGGCAGGACCUGGCGGUUCAAGCAGCCAGAACGCUAGUACCCAACAAGGCCCAGGAGGACCCAUGGUACCCGGACAGAUGGGCCCAAAUGGACCUCAAGGAACAUCCCACAUGAUGCAGUCUAGUCCAAAUCAAAUGGGCUCGACUGGACCAGGACAAAUGACCUCGGGUGGUCCUGGCCAGAUGGGUCCAGGUGGCCCUGGUCAAAUGGGGCCAGGUGGUUCUGGUCAAAUGGGUCCAGGUGGUCCCGGACCCAUUGGACCGAGUCAUAUGUCACAGGGAAGCGGAGGACCGCCUGGAGGACCUCAUAUGAGUCAAGGACCAGGGCAAAUGGGUCCAGGAGGUGGGCCUGUAUCAGGUCCACAAAUGGGUCCUGGAGGUCCUCCUUCGCAAAUGAUACCGGGAGGAGCAGGUCACAUGAGUGCAGCCCCGGGGCCAGGCCAUAUAAAUGCAACUGGUCCUACUGGACAAGGACAUAUGAGUUCAAGCGGCCCUCCUGGGUCAGGUCACAUGAACACAAAUGGGCCCCCAGGAUCAGGACACGUAAAUACGAGUGGCCCUCCAGGAUCUGGACACAUGGGAACCAGCGGACCGCCAGGUGCAAGUCAUAUGAACGCCAGUGGUCCCCCAGGACCAGGAGGUCACCUUAAUAGUGGACCGCCUAUUCCAAGUCACAUGAAUGCCAGUGGUCCACCAGGAUCCGGACACAUGGGUGCCAGUGGACCCGGAAGUCACAUGGGGCCCGGAGGUCCGGGUCAGAUGCCACCUAGUGGACCUAAUGCACACAACAUGCCACCAGGAGGUCCAAAUCAAAUGGUGCCAAGUAAUCAGUCGCCAAUGGGUCCUACAUCUAUGGGCCCCGCUGGUCUUACAGGACAAAUGGGACAUAAUGGUCCUUCACAGAUGGGUCCAAACGGGCCAGGACAAAUGACCAUAGGCGGUCCAUCGUCACAGAUGGGAAUGGGGUCUGGCGGUCCUGGAAGUCAGAUGGGGCCUGGGGGUCCUGGAAGUCAAAUGGGGCCUGGCGGUCCUGGAAGUCAGAUGGGGCCUGGCGGUCCUGGAAGCCAGAUGGGGCCUGGCGGUCCUGGAAGUCAGAUGGGGCCUGGCGGUCCUGGAAAUCAGAUGGGGCCUGGCGGUCCUGGAAGUCAAAUGGGGCCUGGCGGUCCUGGAAGUCAGAUGGGGCCUGGCGGUCCUGGAAGUCAAAUGGGGCCUGGCGGUCCUGGAAGUCAGAUGGGGCCUGGUGGUCCUGGAAGCCAAAUGGGACCUGGAGGACCGGGUGGUCAAAUGGGGCCUGGCGGUCCUGGAAGCCAGAUGGGGCCUGGAGGACCGGGUGGUCAAAUGGGGCCUGGCGGCCCUGGAAGUCAGAUGGGGCCUGGUGGCCCUGGAAGUCAGAUGGGGCCUGGAGGACCGGGUGGUCAAAUGGGGCCCGGUGGCCCUGGAAGUCAGAUGGGGCCUGGAGGACCAGGUGGUCAAAUGGGACCGGGAAGUGGACCUGGGGGACAAUUAGGGCCGAAUGGCCUUGGACAGAUGGGGCCAGGUAGUGGUCCUGGAGGACAAAUACCUCCAGGCAAUGGACCUGCAGGACCCAUGGGUCCUGGUAAUGGUCCUAGUGGACAAAUGGGAUCAGGAACUGGACCUGGAGGACAAAUGGGCGCAGGAAAUGGCCCUGGGGGACAAAUCGGACCGGGAGGAGGUAGUGGAAGUCAAAUGGGACCAGGAAAUCCUCCUGGGAGCCAAAUGCCACCAGGAAGUGGGCCUGGUGCACAAAUGGGUCCAGGAAGCGGUCCUGGUGGCCAAAUGGGCCCAGGAAGCGGCCCUAGUGGACAAAUGGGACCUGGCGGGCAGAUGGGACCUAGUGGUCCUGGUGGACAGAUGAUUCCAAGCAGUCCAGGAGGACAAAUGACACCUGGUGGUCCUGGAAAUCAGAUGGGUCCCGUAGGGCCUGGCAAUCAGAUAGGGCCGAAUGGGCCAAAUCAAUUGGGCCAUGGCGGGAAUAAUCAAAUGGGACCUAAUGGUCCAAGUGGUCAAGCGUCCUCUGGUCAAAUGGGGCCUGGAUCUCAAAAUCAACCAAUGGGACCUGGAGGUGCAGUACCGAUGGGACCUGGUACACCCGUAAAUCAGAUGAGUCAAACGGGACCUGGACAAGUCGGUCCUCCUGGGCCUGGAGGCCCACCUGGACCUGGCCAGGAAAACCUGAAUGCUUUACAAAAAGCUAUUGAUUCAAUGGAAGAAAGAGGACUUCAGGAAGAUCCACGUUACUCUCAGUUGCUUGCUUUAAAGGCUCGUCAAGGUAGUAUGGGUGAAAAACAAGCCUUCAGUUCCCAACAGUUACAACAGCUGCGGGUACAGAUCAUGGCGUAUCGAUUAUUAGCGAGGAAUCAGCCGCUCACACCACAAUUAACACUCGCUCUUCAAAGUGGAGCACCUCCUCCUCCAGGUAUGGCACAACGUCCCCCUAUAGAUCCAUCUCAAGGAACUCCGACUACCCCAGGACCACAAAUCCCUGGACCCAACGUAAUUGGUCCCGCAGUACCUCCAAGGCCAGGUUGUCAGACACCACAGCAACAACCACUACCCCAACCUGGUGCCAAGACCAAUAGGGUGACAAGUGUGGCGAAACCGGCCGGUUUAGAUCCAUUACUGAUACUACAAGAACGCGAAAACAGAGUGGCAUCACGAAUAGCACUACGUAUGGAGCAACUCAGCAAUUUACCCACCAACAUGCCAGAAGAUCUUCGCAUCCAGGCACAAAUUGAACUACGAAUGCUUAGAGUAUUAAAUUUCCAGAGACAGUUACGUUCAGAGAUUUUAGCAUGCACGAGAAAGGACACUACGUUAGAAACUGCAGUGAAUGUAAAAGCCUACAAACGUACGAAGAAACAAGGUCUUCGAGAAGCUAGAGCCACAGAGAAACUUGAGAAGCAACAGAAGUUGGAGGCAGAACGUAAACGCAGACAGAAACAUCAAGAAUUCCUCAGCUCUGUGCUUCAACAUGGCAAAGACUUCAAAGAAUUCCAUCGAAAUAAUGUGGCUAAAUUGGCGAGGCUGAACAAAGCUGUCUUAAAUUAUCAUGCAAACGCAGAACGUGAACAAAAGAAAGAACAAGAGCGCAUUGAAAAGGAACGUAUGCGACGUCUUAUGGCAGAGGACGAAGAAGGUUACAGAAAGUUGAUCGAUCAGAAAAAGGACAAACGGUUGGCCUUCCUGUUGUCCCAGACGGAUGAAUAUAUCAGCAAUUUGACUGAAAUGGUGAAGCAACAUAAGAUUGAACAGAAGAGGAAGCAGGUGGAGGAACAGAAACGCAAAAAGCAAAAAAAGAAGAAGUUGCAAGAUGGAGAGGGUGGGGAAGAUGGUAGCAGUAACGAGGAUGCUCGAGUUGGAGUGAUAGAAAUAUCAACUGGUCGUACAUUAACCGGCGAAGACGCGCCAUUAAUGAGCCAGCUUCAGUCGUUCUUAGAAUCUCAUCCAGGUUGGGAACCAAUUGAAUCAGAAAGUGAAGACGAUGAUGAUGACGACGACGAUGAUAACGGUGACAGUGAAGACAAGUCCGAAAGCAAAGAGAAGUCUUCUGGUGAUUCUGAAGAAGAAAAAGUUAAGAAAACGAUACACAAAGCCAAAGUAGAAGACGAUGAAUAUAAAACCGAGGAACAGACUUAUUACAGUAUUGCUCAUACUGUUCACGAAGUGGUAACUGAACAGGCAUCUAUCAUGGUCAACGGAAAGUUGAAAGAAUAUCAGAUAAAGGGUUUGGAGUGGUUAGUUUCGUUAUUUAAUAAUAAUCUUAAUGGCAUACUCGCCGAUGAAAUGGGUCUCGGUAAAACGAUUCAGACAAUAGCUUUAGUAACUUACCUUAUGGAGAAGAAGAAGGUUAACGGACCGUUCCUUAUAAUCGUACCGUUGUCUACGUUGUCGAACUGGGUACUGGAGUUCGAAAAAUGGGCUCCCAGUGUUGUUGUCGUGUCCUACAAAGGCUCACCAGCCGGUAGAAGAGCUAUUCAAUCUCAGAUGAGAGCCACUAAAUUCAACGUCUUGCUUACUACGUACGAAUAUGUAAUCAAAGACAAGGGGGUCCUGGCGAAAUUACAAUGGAAGUAUAUGAUCAUCGACGAGGGUCACAGAAUGAAAAAUCACCACUGCAAACUAACGCAAGUCUUGAAUACGCAUUACUUGGCUCCCCACCGACUUCUUCUGACAGGAACACCGUUACAGAAUAAAUUACCCGAGUUGUGGGCAUUGUUGAAUUUCUUGCUCCCAUCGAUCUUCAAGUCUUGCAGCACAUUCGAGCAGUGGUUCAAUGCUCCAUUCGCAACUACUGGUGAAAAAGUCGAACUGAAUGAGGAAGAAACCAUUCUUAUUAUCCGUCGAUUACACAAAGUGUUGCGUCCUUUCCUAUUGAGACGUUUGAAGAAAGAAGUCGAGUCUCAGUUGCCUGACAAGGUAGAAUACAUUAUCAAGUGCGAUAUGUCUGGAUUACAGAAGGUUCUUUACAAGCACAUGCAGAGUAAGGGCGUUCUGUUGACCGACGGUUCAGAGAAAGGAAAACAAGGCAAGGGUGGUGCUAAAGCCCUGAUGAACACUAUCGUACAACUCAGAAAGCUGUGUAACCAUCCGUUUAUGUUCCAAGCCAUCGAAGAAAAGUACUGUGAACACGUUGGAACCCAAGGAUCUGGAGUGAUCCAAGGACCUGACUUGUUCCGUGCAUCUGGCAAAUUUGAACUGUUGGAUCGCAUUCUUCCUAAAUUGAAAGCAACCAAUCACAGAGUACUACUGUUCUGUCAGAUGACACAGCUAAUGACGAUCAUGGAGGAUUACCUAAGUUGGAGAGGAUUCAUGUACUUGAGAUUGGAUGGAACAACAAAGGCAGAAGAUAGAGGAGACUUGUUGAAGAAAUUCAACGAUCCUGGCUCUGAAUAUUUCUUGUUUCUGUUGUCUACUCGUGCCGGUGGCUUAGGAUUAAAUCUUCAAGCAGCUGACACUGUGAUCAUCUUCGACUCUGAUUGGAAUCCCCAUCAGGACUUGCAAGCUCAGGACAGAGCGCACCGGAUCGGUCAGAAGAACGAAGUGCGCGUGCUCAGGCUGAUGACAGUGAACUCUGUCGAAGAGAGGAUCUUAGCUGCGGCCAGAUACAAGCUGAACAUGGACGAAAAAGUUAUCCAGGCAGGUAUGUUCGAUCAGAAGUCCACCGGUUCGGAGCGUCAACAAUUCUUGCAGAGUAUUUUGCAUCAAGACGAUGCUGAAGAUGAAGAAGAGAACGAAGUGCCAGACGAUGAAACGGUGAACCAAAUGAUCGCUCGAACAGAGGGUGAAUUUGAGACAUUCCAGAAAUUGGAUUUGGAACGAAGACGGGAAGAGGCGAAGUUAGGCCCUAAUAGAAAGUCUCGAUUGUUAGAAGAAGCAGAAUUGCCCGACUGGUUAGUGAAAGAUGAUGAUGAGGUCGAGAGAUGGACCUACGAAGAGGACGAGGAAAGAUUCCUUGGGCGUGGUUCCAGGCAACGAAAGGAAGUAGAUUAUACUGAUAGCUUAACCGAGAAGGAAUGGCUAAAGGCAAUCGAUGACGAUGGAGCGGACUACGAGGAGGAAGAGGAAGAUGAUAAGAAGAAGAAAAAAACACGGAAACGGAAAAAGAAGGGCGAAGAAGACGACGAGCCUGUACCAAAGAAACGGAGGGGUGCUGGUUCUUCGAUCGACCCAAAAAUGAAACGAGCUAUGAAGAAAUUGCUUAUGGUGGUAGUCAAUUACACAGAUAGCACGGAUGGUAGGCUGCUCAGCGAGCCAUUUAUGAAAUUACCGUCAAGAAGGGAGUUGCCAGAUUACUAUGAAAUCAUUAAGAAACCAUUGACCAUCAAUAAAUUGCUGCAGAAAAUCGAAGAAGGAAAAUAUGCCGACUUUGAUGACCUUGAGAAAGACUUUAUGCAAUUAUGCAAAAAUGCACAGAUUUAUAAUGAGGAGGCUUCUCUGAUACAUGAAGAUUCUAUCGUCCUGCAGUCUGUUUUCACGAAUGCUCGUCAACGUAUUGAAGAGGAGGGUAAUAAUUCCGAUAUGGAUGACAAAGGUGAGGGUGAAGAAGGAUCUGACGCUGAUUCCAGCGUUAGAAUGAAAAUUAAAUUGAAGGGACGAAAGGGUGAAGGUCGAGGAGGCCGAAGGAAAAGGGUUACGAAAAAGUAUAUAUCCGAUGAUGAUGAUGACGCCGAUGACAACUGAGAGUCAUAUGUGAUUUUAUAGAAUAAACGAGAUAAUAGGUAAGGCACGUUUAACCAGCUAUCUCAAAUCGAACCAUUACCCAUGUACACAAUUGUUAUUAUAUAGUUAAACUAUAUGAAAUUCCGCGAGGAUGUUACAACGUGAUUAUAGUAUGGAACUACUAUUACCGAUCAGGUUGUAAGUCGAUGGGAUAUCAAGUUGGUCCCGACAACUGAAACAUUAUGGAGUCUACGUUGAAUCCAGUUCUGUAGAUUUGAUACGAAUUGUAAUAGGCGACGGAACAUUUUCUUUUUUAUUUUAAGUGAGUGUACGUGCAACUUGUACAAUGUACAGUAAGAUUUAGCAUUAACUAUAUCAGUACGUAAUUUUAUUUUAAUCUUAAACCGGGGAUGCACCGAGAUAUUUAGCUGUAUAUUAAAUUCUAGCGAAUUUUCUUUCCCCAUAGACAACAUGUUUUAGUUAGCGUAUUCGAGGAUGACUAACAGAGGCACCAUUUCAUGAUAACAGAUUAAUAAUCAUUCUAAUUACUUGAAUAUUUUCGAGGAUUAUACAUAUAUUCUCGAUUCGCCCCGUAUAAUUUGUUACUUUUAGCCUCGUUAUUCAUAUCUCUGACUGACAUUUUAAUUGGUGGAAAUUGUAGGAGUGUAUUCGAAAAUUGAGCAUUCAGAUUAAGGAUUUGUAUUUAUCAUGUCUCCCGUGGAAUAUUAAAUGUCUUUCGAUACUUCCUUUGCGUGUAUAGAAGCUACAUCACGAACGACUUGUUUCUUAAUGCAUAUUUCGUCCGCCAUUGUUCAGUAAAUAACAGAAGAAUUUUCGUCUAGCGCUCAGUCUCGUAAGAAACAAUUAUUUCAUUUACAUUGUAUUGUAACUUGAUCUUAUAUAAGUAAA